UGUUGCUACCACUAUGCACACCAACUGAAUGUCAUUGUUAUUUGUCCCACUGGCUGCUGUAUGUUAUCUACCCCCUAGUCUGGGCCCUUCCUUUACACUCCCUCUCUUUUUCAGUUUCGUUUCUUAGACUGAAAAGCUGACUUAGUGGCUCAUUUAAAGAGCUGAGCAGAUGAUUCCUCUUCACAGCACAACACAGUUCGUCCACUAACAGCUCUGCGAAAAGAUGGAGGAGAUAUCACUGAGGCCGUACCAGCAGGAGGUGGUCCAGGCGGCUCUGAGAAAGGAGAACAGUAUCAUCUGGCUGCCCACAGGUGGAGGAAAGACUCGUGCUGCUGUCUACGUGGCCAAGAGGCACCUAGAGACUCACCCCAAUGCCAAAGUGGCCGUUCUUGUCAACAAGGUGCACCUGGUGGAUCAGCACUUUCGGAAAGAGUUCCGGCCCUACCUCGGUAGCUCAGUGAAGAUGACGCCGAUCUGUGGGGACAGUAACGAGAAGGACUUUUUUGGCUGCGUGGUCAGGGACUCGAGCCUGGUCAUCUGCACAGCUCAGAUCUUGGAGAAUGCCUUAAUAAACACGGAGGAGAACAAGCAUGUGGAGCUCACAGACUUCACACUGUUGAUCAUCGAUGAGUGCCAUCAUACUCAUAAGGAAGGGGUGUAUAAUAAAAUCAUGGCACGCUAUGUGAAAAAGAAGAUUGAAGGGGUGAGAGGUCUGCCUCAAAUCCUGGGCCUUACAGCCUCACCGGGUACCGGAGGAGCCAAAUCGCUGGAAGGCGCCAUCGCACACGUGCUGGAGAUCUGUGCAAACCUGGACUCUGUUAUCGUGUCGACUAAAAAUUAUACAACAGAGCUUAAAGACGUCGUCCCCAGACCUAUGAAGAACUAUGACAUUGUGGAUGUGCGGUAUUGGGACCCAUUUGGUAAUCAUCUGAAAAUGAUGAUGAAGCUGAUUCACGAGUUCAUGAUGUUAGACCCAAAGUUCACUCUACGGGAGAUGGGCACUCAGGAGUAUGAAGCUGAUGUGGUGGAACUGGAAAAGAAAGGUGUGCAGGAGGAGAACAGGUUGUUGACACGGUGUGCUCUGCACCUGCGGAAAUUUAACGACGCUCUGCUCAUUAACGAAACUGUGCGCAUGGUGGACGCUCUGAGGCUUCUGGAGGAGUUCUACGCCACAGAAACAAGGAAUGUGCUGGACGUCACAGAUGAGUUCCUCACAGGACUCUUUAAUGAGAACAGAGUGGAGCUGAGGCAGCUGGCAUCCAAUGCGUCAAAUGAGAAUCCCAAAUUGGAACGGCUGCAGCGCACCCUGGUGGACCAGUUCCAAGACACGAACUCUCGUGGUAUCAUUUUUGCCAAAACCCGUGAGAUCACACGCUGCCUGUACGACUGGGUGCGUACAAACCCUGAGCUGCAGCGUGCUGAGAUCUGUGCUGCUAAUCUGGUCGGAGCGGGAACUGGAGCCUCCCACAUGACACAGUCGGAGCAAAAAUGUACUAUUCAAAAAUUUCGAGACGGACACCUCAACCUCCUCAUCUCUACCAGUGUGGCUGAGGAAGGCCUCGACAUUCCAGAAUGCAAUGUGGUGGUCCGCUACGGGCUUCUGACCAACGAGAUCGCACAGCAGCAGGCUAGUGGGCGGGCCAGAGCCAAGAACAGCGUCUAUUCAGUGGUGGCACAAGCAGAUGGGCGGGAGAUGCGCAGGGAGAAGACCAAUGAAUACCUGGAGGAGUUAACUUGCAGGGCGAUUGCUCAUGUGCAGAGCAUGAAGCCCAGUGAAUUUCACAGAAAGAUCUUUGAGCUGCAGCAGGAGGCAGUGACAGCGCGCAUCCUGGAGGCCAAGAAGAGGGAGAGGAGGAGGCUCCGGUAUGACGCGGCUGAGGUGGAGUUCGACUGCCGUGGCUGCUUCAGAGCCGUCGCCCGUGGAGAUGACAUGAGAAUUGUGAACAGCUCGCAGCACGUCAACAUCAAUCCUGAUUUUGAGAGGUUCUAUAAGGUUGGAGGGCAGGUUUAUCUGGAACGGACAUUUGAAGAUUGGGAACCAGGUCGUACCAUCAGCUGUGCUGCAUGUGGACAGGAAUGGGGGAUGGAGGUGAAGUUAAAGAAGGUGGUGUUGCCAUGUCUAAAAAUAAAGGGCUUUUCGAUGAAGACUCCUCAGAGUAGCCGCACAGCCAAACAGUGGAAGGACGUAGAGUUCCAGGUGGAGGAGUUUGACUUUGUUCAGUAUGUGCGAAAACGCUACCCUGACCUUGAGCUGGACUGAGGGUCUUUAGUCGUCCAGCUCGGUCUCUGAGGUAACGAGAUUUAUGCACACAGCUGUUACAGUAGUGUCGCUCUGUAAAUCCUGAACACACUCCACCUCAAUUUGAUAUAGACGGUCUUCAUUUUGGCCAUCAGGUGUCGCUGUAGUGCAAUAUUUCAUUACAAGCUUUUCAAGCAUCACAUUCGCAAUAUGUUUUUCUGUCCCAAACCACAUACUACUGCACUAAAUGGGAUGCACAUUAUUAUAGUUAGGAUAUUUAGUGUAGUAGUAUGUGCUUUGAGACGCAGCUAGUGUCUCUGGGGAGCUAGUAUGCUAAUGCGCUUGAAGCUUGAUUGCCUGAUUAAUUCUAAUUCAUGCUGAUAAAUGUGCAUUAAAAUGCUUGACAUCAUGAAAAGCUCAUGGUUUGCGACCUUGCAGCGCUCACGAAGACUCAUACACUGGCUAGUCCAGAAUGACCUUUGACCCUUGCACUUUUGAAAGAGGUUGCUGUGGACCUCUUUGUGGACCUUGUCUGUUUUCAUGUUGUUUUCUAAUUAUAUAUUUCAUGAGCUUUUACUGUGAACAAUGUGUGUACCAGAAUAAAGAAUUCACGAUAAUAA